UGAAUUUUACUAGCCAUGCAUAGGCUGCUGGCCCGGAACUUCGAGAAGCAUGCUUUAAGGUCCCAGAAGUUCGACCUGGUGUUACCUGUCCCACCGGGUGAAGCAAGGAUUACUCCAGGAUUUAAACUACCUGCAUCUCAUGUGAUUCACACUGUUGGACCGAUUUAUGAUUCCGACAAGGACCCUAAAGACUCACUCAGAAAUGCAUACAAAAAUUGCUUGAGUGUGGCUCAACAGAACAAUAUUAAAUACAUUGCGUUUCCUGCCAUAUCUUGCGGUGUAUUUGGAUAUCCUUACGAGGAAGCAGCAACAGUUGCUUUAACUAUUACUACAAAAGAAUUUGCCAAUGAUAUUAAAGAGGUGCACUUUGUUAUGUUUAGCGGUGACGUCUAUGAUGUUCGGUUGAAAAAAGCAAAGGAAUUGACUUGA